AUGACUGUCCUGGCCACACAAUUCCAGUCAUCAGCUGUGUUUUCUGAGAAACGAGAGGAUGAGUGCCGAGUGUCCGUCAGUCAGCAGCCCAACAAACCGAAGAACCAGACAUCUGGACCAUCUGAGUACAGUUUGAGGAUUGGACCAUCCUGGAGUGAAAACUUUAAUCAGUGUGAUCUUGAAAUCAGGAUGGACAGAAUCACAAGACGUGGCAGCUCCUUCAAGCGGUCAUCGGUCAAACGCAGGGGUUCAACAGGCUCAUAUAAGGUCCACAGAGCCUGGAUCGAAAGGACCUUCCAGAAAAGAGAAUGUAUUCAGAUAAUUGUCAGCAAAGACAGCAGCAGGUGCUGUUGUGGCCAGCUGGUGGUGCAGCACCCAACCGGUCUAUACACGAUAACCAAGGAGGAUGGUAGUUCAUCGGUUCAACUGGACGUUCAACCUGUAGAACGUUGGAACCCCCUCAAACAUACCCAGGCCACACCCACUGAUGCAUAUGGAAUUGUGGAGUUCCAAGGCAGGGGGCAUCUCACCAAAGCCAUGUACAUCCGGGUUUCCUACGACUCUAAACCAGAUGACCUGCUCCACUUGAUGGUGAAGGACUGGCAGCUGGAGCUUCCCACACUCCUCAUCUCCGUCCACGGAGGCCUACAGAACUUUGACCUACCGCCAAAACUCAAGCAGGUUUUUGGGAAGGGACUGAUCAAAGCUGCUGUCACCACUGGAGCCUGGAUCUUCACUGGUGGAGUCAGUACAGGGGUGAUCCGCCAUGUUGGAGAUGCACUCAAAGACCAUUCAUCCAAAUCCAGAGGAAAGAUUUGUGCCAUUGGCAUCCCCCCGUGGGGAAUUGUGGAGAACAAAGAAGACCUCAUUGGCAGAGAUGUCACCCGGUCAUACCAGACCAUGUCUAACCACCUCAGCAAACUGUCAGUGCUCAACAGCAGUCAUUCCCACUUCAUUCUAGCUGACAAUGGUACAAAUGGGAAGUAUGGAGCUGAGGUCAGGCUGCGGCGUCAGCUGGAGAAACACAUCUCUCUGCAAAGGAUCAAUACGCGUUUGGGUCAGGGGGUCCCUGUGGUGUGUCUCAUUUUGGAAGGUGGACCCAACGCCAUCUCCAUCGUGCUGGAGAGUCUGAAGGAGGAGCCUCCGGUUCCUGUGGUGGUUUGUGAUGGCAGUGGGCGCGCCUCUGACAUAAUUUCCUUUGCACACAGAUACUGUGAAGAAGACGGGCUGGUGAGCGACAGUGUUCGAGAUCAGCUCCUUGUCACGAUCCAGAAAACGUUCAGUUACAGCCGCAGCCAGUCACAACAGAUCUUCAGCAUGCUGAUGGAAUGCAUGAAGAAGAAAGCACUGAUCACAGUGUUCCGUAUGGGCUCAGAGGGACAGCAGGACAUUGAGAUGUCCAUUCUGACAGCACUGCUGAAAGGUACAAACGCUUCAGCACCUGACCAGCUGAGUUUGGCUCUGGCCUGGAACCGUGUAGACAUUGCUCACAGUCAAAUCUUUGUGUAUGGACGCCACUGGCCUUCUGUGAGCGGUUUGCAGAGUGACCGUCCCAAAAGCCCGGCAGCUAUACAAAGAGGAGGAGCUAAAGGGAAUUUUGCCAGGGGGAAGAAAGGAAAAGGAGGAAAACCUAAAAGUGAGCCACAAGAGGAGACCGACCCAAGGAAACUGGAACUACUCAGCUGGGUUAACUCCUUGGAAGAGGCCAUGAUGGAUGCUCUGGUGCUGGACAGGGUGGACUUUGUCAAGCUGCUGAUAGAAAAUGGCGUCAACAUCCAUCACUUCCUCACUAUUCCUCGUCUGGAGGAGCUGUACAACACGAAGCUGGGUCCACCGAACACACUGCACUUUGUGGUUAGAGACGUCAAAAAGGGAAACCUUCCUCCAGAUUACCAGAUCACCUUGAUUGACAUCGGACUGGUGCUGGAGUUCUUGAUGGGUGGAGCUUACCGCUGUAACUACACCAGAAAAAGCUUCCGGACACUGUACAACAACAUGUAUGGGCUGAAGAGGCCUAAAGCGCUGAAACUUCUUGGAAUGGAGGAUGAUGAUCCUUGCCCAAAAGGAAAAGGAAAAAAAAACAAGAAGGAAGAAGACGAGACAGACAUAGACAUAGAUGAUCCGGAGCUCAGCCAUUUCCAGUACCCAUUCCAUGAGCUGAUGGUGUGGGCUGUGUUGAUGAAGCGCCAAAAGAUGGCACUGUUCCUUUGGCAGCGGGGGGAGGAGGCCAUGGCCAAGGCCCUGGUGGCCUGCAAACUAUACAAGGCGAUGGCCCACGAAUCAUCACAGAGCGAACUGGUAGAUGACAUCUACCAGGACCUAGAAAACAACUCUAAGCAGUUUGGCCAACUUGCCUACGAGCUGUUGGACCAGUCAUACAAACAUGAUGAGCAGGUGGCCAUGAAGCUGCUGACUUACGAGCUGAAGAACUGGAGUAACUCCACCUGCUUGAAGCUGGCAGUUGCUGCCAAACACCGAGACUUCAUCGCCCACACUUGCAGUCAGAUGCUGCUGACUGACAUGUGGAUGGGUUGCCUGAGGAUGGGCAAGAGCAACAGCCUCAAGGUAAUUGUAGGAAUCAUCUUCCCACCUAUAAUUCUGCUUUUGGAUUUCCGGACCGGAGAUGAAGCUGCACACCAUUUGUCUAAGGUGAACAGCAAGGCCAAGGAGGAGUCAUGCAAGGAUGGUAUUGCUAAUGCUGACACCAAACCAAAGAAAUGUAAAGAAGAGGAAAACUCAGCAAAACCAAAGAGGAGGAUUCCUAUUGGCAAGAAGGUCUACGAGUUCUACACCGCUCCAUUCACCAAGUUCUGGUUCACCACUAUUUCCUAUCUGGUCUACUUGAUGCUCUACAACUACAUCAUACUGGUGAAGAUGGAGCGCUGGCCCUCGCUACAGGAGUGGAUUGUUGUUGCGUACAUCAUUACGCUGGGUUUGGAAAAAGUCAGGCAGAUUCUGAUGUCAGAGCCGGGGAAGCUGAAGCAGAAGUUCAACGUGUGGCUGGAGGAUUACUGGAACAUCACUGACCUGGUGGCCAUCUCUGUCUUCCUGGUGGGGCUGCUGCUGCGGCUGCAGAUGGAGCCAUACCUGGGCUAUGGGCGUGUCAUCUACUGUGUUGACAUCAUCUUCUGGUACAUCAGAGUCCUCGAUAUCUUUGGUGUCAACAAGUACCUGGGACCCUACGUCAUGAUGAUUGGCAAAAUGAUGAUUGACAUGCUGUACUUUGUGGUGAUCAUGCUGGUGGUACUGAUGAGCUUUGGGGUUGCACGGCAGGCCAUCCUCCACCCUGAUGAGGAGCCAACAUGGCGUCUGGCUCGGAACAUCUUCUACAUGCCUUACUGGAUGAUCUAUGGCGAGGUGUUCGCAGACUCUAUAGACCUCUACGCCAUGGAAAUCAAUCCACCUUGUGGUGAAAACAUGUAUGAUGAAGAUGGGCAGAAACUUCCCCCGUGCAUUCCUGGUGCUUGGCUCACUCCCGCCAUCAUGGCGUGUUACCUGCUCGUCGCCAACAUUCUGCUGGUCAAUUUGCUCAUCGCUGUCUUCAAUAACACUUUCUUUGAGGUGAAGUCCAUCGCCAACCAGGUGUGGAAGUUUCAGCGCUACCAGCUGAUCAUGACUUUCUACGACCGUCCGAUACUUCCUCCUCCACUCAUCAUCAUCCCCCACAUCUACAUCAUCCUGAAACGGCUGCUCUGUCACUGCUGCCACCAAACAGAUGGCGAGCAAGACCACAAGCGACGACUCCAGCUGGUGCUGAAUACAGAGGAGCUGAAGAGUCUUCAUGAGUUUGAGGAGCAAUGUGUGGAGGAAUAUUUCCGUGAGAAAGAUGACGAGAAGCGAUCAUCCAACAACGAACGAAUCCGACUCACAUCAGAAAGGGUGGAGAAUAUGUCCAUGCAUCUGGAGGAGGUGAAUGAGCGGGAAAAUUGUAUGAAGGCUUCUCUGCAGACAGUUGACCUCCGCCUGGCUCAACUGGAGGAGCUUUCCACUCGGAUGAUGAACGCUCUGAAGAAGCUGGCAGAUGUUAACCGAACUGAACUCUUUUGCACUGGAGUGUCAUCAUUCUGCGGGUCGAGUGCGCUCCUCCAUCAUGGCAGCUUCAAUAGCAUUGAUGGAUAUAGUGUCUACCUGGUGGACAGUGAUGAAAGGACAUGUGCAGCUGUAGAUGUGGAGAGCAGCGAGAGGAGCGCUGAUGUCACCACAUCAGGUGAGGGCAGCAUUCCAGUCCAGGACUCUGCUCUGGAGGUGAUCAGACCUCAGGACCAGACCGUUUCAAGGUCCAAGAUAGGUAUCCUGAUCUCUCACUGUGACUUGGACCAGAAACCUGAUCAGGCCUGUCUGGAUUUAGAGCUUAUACAGAAAGAUGGUGAGAUAGCAAAAAACAAGCUGGAGGCAGCUGUCUCAUUCCCACUGGAGAAGUCAAAGGUCAUGCAAAGUUUAUCCUCACCAACUCUCAGCACCUCCCCAUCCUCCAUCAGGAAGUCCAUGGAAGGAAGCAUCCUUUAUAACCCCACUGAUCAGGAUGAGGAGGUGAGAUGGACAACAGCCUCCACUGUCUCAAGACAGUACAUAAAAUCUCCCGUCAUAUCACACUGGGAAUCUUCUUUAAAGUCCACCAAAGUCCAUCAGUCCCCUUUUGCCAAUAUGCCUUCACUUCCUGUGGAGACAUUUGGUGAGACCACAUCGCGUGAUGAGUACAAAACACACAAGCUGCCCGGUGGGGAACAGGAAGCAGUAUUGCCAGUGCUGGACUCUGACUGUUUACUGUUGGACGAGGACAGGAUAUACCCAAGACUCAGGUCCAAGAGCCUAAACACCAAGCCACGGAAACCCAAGAAGGAAGAUGAAGAAAGGUGUCGCACCGCGAGCAGCACCAAAGAUCUUGUGGCAUUGUUCAGCAGACAAGAGCAGGUCAACAGUCCUUGA